AUGGUUUGCAUUUCGUGGUCAACGUGCGAAACGUGUAUAACGUUGCUGAUGUGGACAGGAAGCAGCUUUGUGAAGAACCGCUGCCAUGUGACCUCCAUUCCUCGAUACUCAGGAAAGCUGAGGCACGUCAGCGGAACGACGACGGCCUUCAAGGUGGACAGCACGAUGAUGGACUUCGCCGAAAUAUUGACGGCGCGUAUUUUCAGAAACUUCAGCACCGAGAACGUCAACAUGGGCAGCAUGUUGAACAUCAGCGUGAAGAUCAUGAUCCGGUAG